UCUUAUUUUCUUUUCCCUUUUUACUCUGUUUCAUCACUCUUAGACACUUUUUUUUCUUCUUUUCAUUUCCCUCUUAUAAUUCUCUAUCAUUUUCAUCCACCAUUCAGAUCUGAUCAUCGAUCUCUAGUAUAUUCCACAACUAUCCAUGGCUGAAAAGAAGGUGGCCAUAAUGAAGCUCAGCGUUGAUCUUCAAUGCAGCAAAUGCUACAAGAAGGUCAAGAAGGUUCUCUGCAAAUUCCCUCAAAUUCGAGACCAGGUGUUUGAUGAGAAGAAUAACAUGGUGACAAUCAAAGUGGUGUGCUGUGAUCCUGAGAAUUUGAGGGAUAAGAUCUGCUGCAAAGGUUGUGGUGCCAUCAAAAGCAUUGAAAUUGUGGAACCUGCACCUCCUCCCAAACCAAAACCACCCCCUCAGCCAGAGAAGCCCAAGCUACCAGAAAAGCCCAAGGAGCCAGAGAAGCCUAAAGAGCCUGAAAAGCCUAAGACGCCCGAGAAACCGAAGGAACCAGAGAAGCCCAAGGAGCCAGAAAAGCCCAAGGAACCAGAGAAGCCUAAAGAAAAGCCCGCACCGCCGCCAUCGGAGAAGCCUAAGGAGAUGCCUCCACCGCCACAUGUACCGCCGCCACCGGUUCCAAUGUGUCCAGGGCCGCCGCCUGUGGCAGUUCCAAUUGGGGUGUGUUGUGCGUCAUGCUAUGAAGGCCGGCCUGGUGGGCCAUGCUUUGAGGGUUACGGUGGGCCACCGCCUUGUUAUGAUUCUUAUUAUGGAAGGCCCGUGUAUGAUAGUUAUGGUGGAAGCAGACCUUGUUACGUUAGUCGUUGUUGUGAUGAAUAUUUCUCUGAAGAAAACACCAAUGCCUGCAUAAUCAUGUGAUCACUUAUCUCAUUCUCUCAUCAUCAGUAAUAAUCCAAGGAAUAUAAUAAAUAAUUUUUGUUUUUGUAACUACAAUACCAAAAACGGUGUUUCAUAUGAGGGGAUAAAAGAAUAAAUGAUGGAUAUAUGUGUAUGUAAUGUAACUAGUACUAUAUUACCAUCAAAUGUCAUGUCUACCAUCAAAUAUAACUAGUACUAUCGAAAAUUUUGAUAUUUUAGUGAUGUUCCUUUCAAGUACAAAUUAAUUAACUACAAGCUAGCAAUAUUGUGGCUGAUUUGCAUUUUCUUCUCA